UUCCGCACAAGAGCUGUGUGCCUGCGCAGUCUCGCUCCGUUAAACCAACUCACUUCAACUUAAACUGCGGAGGCACAGUUCAAUGAUGCUGCUUGGAAGUUUGGGGUCACCAAUUUGUAAACACCUUGGAUUUACAAACACGUUUUGACGGCUGGUCCUCAGUGAAAAGUGAAAACCCACAGGCUUCUUUUUUAAAUCGGAAAAACAGCCCGAAGACUCACGGAGGAGAGAACGGCGGUUCUGCGUUCGGAAGGUUUUUAUUGUAGGUAAAAAACUAAGAAGCCAUUUUCAUCGUCCUGAUUCAAUUCCGAGCGCCUCGGACCGGAAAAAAAAAUGAAAGCCACCCUUCACCUUCUGCAGUUGACCUUGAUCAUCCUACAGCUACAGACGGAACUCUGCUCUGGGAUUAAAUGGCUAGCUCUGGCCAAGACAUCUGCCUCCCUACACCUAAACCAGACUCAACACUGCAAACAGCUACAGGGCCUGGUCUCGUCUCAGGUGCAGCUGUGCCGCAGUAACCUGGAGCUCAUGCACACCAUCAUCCAGGCCGCCAGGGAAGUGAAGAAGACCUGUCAGAAAACAUUCGGCGACAUGCGCUGGAACUGCUCCUCCAUAGAGAGCGUGCCACAGUUCAUGCCAGACCUGGAGAGAGGUACGAGGGAGUCGGCGUUUGUGUACGCCCUGUCAGCGGCGGCCAUCAGCCACACCAUAGCGCGCGCCUGCACCUCGGGGGACCUGCGGGGAUGCUCCUGCGGACCGAUCCCCACGGAGGUCCUCCAGCAGGGCCACCGCUGGGGGGGCUGUGCUGACAACCUCCACUACGGCCUCAUGAUGGGCUCCAAGUUCUCCGACGCCCCCAUGAAGAUGAAGCGGUCCGGCUCCCAGGCCAACAAACUGAUGCACCUGCACAACAGCGAAGUGGGGAGACAGGCCCUGCGGGAUGCCUUGGAGAUGAAGUGCAAGUGUCAUGGAGUGUCGGGCUCCUGCUCCAUACGGACCUGCUGGAAGGGCCUGCAGGACCUGAAGGACAUUGCCAUCGACCUGAAGACCAAGUACCUGUCUGCCACCAAGGUGGUGCACCGGCCGAUGGGCACGCGCAAGCAGCUGGUCCCCAAGGACAUCGACAUCCGCCCGGUCCAGGAGAACGAGCUGGUGUACCUGCAGAGCUCGCCGGACUUCUGCACCAAGAACGAGAAGCUGGGCUCCUUAGGGACACAGGACAGGCAAUGUAACAAGACCUCCAAUGGCAGUGACAGCUGUGACUUGAUGUGCUGUGGCCGUGGCUACAACCCUUACACAGAGAAGCUGGUGGAGAGGUGCCACUGCAAAUACCACUGGUGUUGCUACGUGACCUGUAAGAAAUGUGAGAGAACUGUGGAGAGAUAUGUGUGCAAAUGAGCCGCUUUCCAUCUCUGUCGACCUCUUUAAACAACAGAUAACCAAAGCACUAUAGACGAAGAAGGGCUUCCUUUUGUCUUAAGCUUCAAUGUGUGUCUUGUCGAGAGCAAUUCUAUUUUUCUUUUCGUUAACCUCUUGUCGCCGAUGGACCCUGCGUUUUGAGGACAGCUGAAGCGAAAGUGUCCGAAAGGUGCAUAUUUUUGUACGCGAAGAGAACUGUGCUUGAGGAUUUUCCUGAAUUUGGGCAGAGUACCUUAUUGUGGAAAGUGGAAACCUAUUUUGUUACACAUUUUAUAAUAAAAAAAAAAUACAUGAUAUCGGAAUCCUGCAGGAAACCUCCAAGUCUCUGGACAAUACAUGGUGCAUUUCUAGCUUUGGACUGAUGUUGAAUUUUAAUUACUGAGUUCAAAACCAUUCCAUGGAACUGUAAGCAUUUUAAGGUCUUUUGGGGAUUAUUUAAUGGGACUCUUUUAUGAAAACAACAAAACAAGUGCUGAAUAUGGAAAGGGCACUUCAAUUAUUUGCUUCAGGAAUGGAAGAGAGUCCUGUGUUAAAUGCCUGGAUAUCCAGUUCAUCUCUGAAGUUCCAAGAGAAGAGAAGACUGUAUUUGUCCAGCGGCCCUGGCAAGGACAGUAUGAAGAAGAGUAUUUGCAUUGUUAAAUUUCCCAUAAUACAAGGAAUGCAGGUAGUCCAAAGCUCACACUUCAGAGUAUGUGAACUGCUUACAUGGGCUUUCCAUGACGGUAGAUAAUAAACCACUUUUGUGUGGGUGUACAUACUUCCUUUUGUAUGCGGAAUUUAAAGAAAUAUUUAUAUAAACUAAUUAAAGAUCCUUUACCAAGCUC